GUCUGAUCUGAUCUCUCUACACUACACACACGCACACCCACACAGACAGACAUGAAGGCACAGACACUCACGCACGCAUGCAUUCACUCAUUCACUCAUUCAUUCAUUCAUUCAAACACAGGGAUGGAAUGUGCCCGUCCGGUAUUCGACCACAUGUAAUCCAUCCCCCAUGCGACGGAUCAGCAGCAGGUAUGUAUAUAUUAUAUAAACAGCACUCCCACUCACACCGAACCAAACACCAGCCGGCCGCAGACAGCCACACCAACCAAAAAGAGGCUCUCUCUACAGUCUGCCUACCUACCUAGCUAGCUCUCGUCCCGUACGUAUGUACACCCACAGCCCUACACAUGAGGAACGCGUACAUAGACGUCAGACAGACCGACAGACACCACUCAUAUAUCAUGAAUCGAAUACGAAUUGCCCCAUGGCCACCAAGUCAUAGCCCAGCCUUUCCGCGUUCCACUUAGCCUGCAGCGUGCCCUCGGCCCUCCCCCUGCCGAGCUGCGCGUGGCCGUCUCUCCCCCCCAGAGUGUGAGUGACAACCGCCUGCCCACCCAGUGUCCGCUUCAUGGGCGAAUCGCUCUCGAACGGAAUGAUCAGCGGCUCGCAUGGCAGGAGGGGUGAGGGGAAGGAGGCCUCGCGCUCCCACGAGCAACCCGCCGGCGGAUCGAUCACAUACAUCCCUGCACAAGGUGCACAACCACACACACAGCAGAGAUGUGUUUGGUGUGUGGUCGGUCCGUCGCUGCACUCACUCACCCAUGAGUAUCAUGUCUCCAUGCAGCAGGUCGCCGACGUCUUGGCCACUGAAGCCCCCCUUGCCCACCACAUACCUCCACCCGCCCUCGUGAAUCGUCGGCUCCUUCCCCGUCAAGGACGACGCACCGCUGCCCACCACAAAGGACAGGCUUCUGAAAUCUGCCGCCCUGUUGACCACGUAAGCCUCCACCCGACCGCCCGGCACGUACAUGGUGGCCGUCAGGGGGAGGGUCGUGGCCGUGCCGAGGAUGUCCUCCGAGAUGGGUAUGCCGAAUCGGUCACCGAGGACGCGCUCGAGGAACUCCACACGCAUCGCUGCGUCAGCACGGGAGGGAGGACAGGUAGAUGGUGGAACCGGGUGAGGGGCCUGCUUGUCGUGCGUCGCUUACCUCUGAUGUCGGCGUCACUGACGAUGGUUGUGUGUGUCUUGAGGAACUCGAUGCCGGCACCGCGGACGAAGUGGUGGGCUGUGGUGGCGGGGAAGGUCGCGACCCCAGCAUUAGCCUGGGUGACCGGCAUAAAACCUGACCAGAGAAAGAAUCAUACAUGAGUCACCGUGCUGUUCGUCCCUCGUUGCCUCCAUUGGUCACUUACCGUCUUGCAUCCAGGUGAUGGCGUGCUUGUAGUUGCUGAAUGACAGCCCCCCCACCCGCCCCACCUUGCUGAACACUGGCUCCGUCCGCACACUCAUCGCCGGCUGCACAGCAGACGGGGAAAACCGCCAUAACAUGGACCCAUCAAACUCUCCCGGCUGGGUCACGAACAUGACACCCACGCCCCUGCCGUGGCCCCACUCAGAGCUGUACAGCCCGUAGUCAAACACGACGGGCGUGGACGGCGCUUGUCUGUCCUUGGCCUCAGGGAAGAAGAGUGGCGUCUCGGUUUGGUACUGAAUGACCAGGUUGGGCUCGCCCUGCCGGUGCAUCGUGGGGUUCUCCACCACCAUGAUGCCGUAGAUGAGCAGAGUGCCGGGCGGCAGCCACCUGCCGCCGCCGCCGCCCCACGUGCCGGUGACUGUCAGCCCGUCCUUGCCCACAUGCACGCCGUGGCACACGUCGAUCACAGGAGACGAUCGCAGAGGGCCCGCGCAGUGAGAUGAAGGCAACGACGCGUCCGUGCUCCACUCGCAGUAGGUAGCCAGGUGGAAUGAGUCCCGCUCCAGGAUGCCGGCGCUGAACUUGGUGCCUCUGCGGUCGAGUUCAAUGGCCCUCUCCAGGGGCGUGUCCUCGACACCCUUGAUCUUGACGCCGUAGUAUGACCUGAGCCACUUGACGGCCGACCGCCUGAAGGCCCGAAGCUGCUCGUCGCUCUGGUAGGGCGUGACCAUCCGCAUGAAGCCGACGGCUUUGGGGGAGGGGCCCAUGAGACCCUGGCGCACCCGGCCGCGGACCAUCGAAUGGAGGACCACAUGGCCGCUGCCCCUGCCCGUGCCGAUGGACUGGACGGUCAGUAUGGGGCCCUGAGUCUGCUGCCUGCUCACGGACGGCGAGCUGAACUGGGCGUUCAUGCCUGGCGUAGCGACGGCAACGGCCUUCUGAGAAGGACCAGCCUCCAGGUGGUCGAUGAGGAUGUCCUGCAGGUCCGCGCCUGCGCCGAGUUCAUCGGCCGGUGAGUGGACACCGUUGCCGUCCAUGAAGAUGCCGUGGACUGGCCCGUGGCGUGACAGCAGGUUCUCUACGGUCACGUGCUGGAGGGUAAGGCCCCACGACGAUGUGGCGGUGAUGCCACGAACGUCAGCUCCCUGAAAGAAAAAGACAGAAAAAUGAUGCAGUUGUCGCUGCUCCGUGGUCACUGACCUGGUAUUCGUGUGGUCUGAAUUUGGUUGCCUUGACUGGGAGCUUGUUGUCGAGUUUGAAGGCGGCCAUCUCGCUGCACAGCCACUCCUGGUGCUCGCCUACGUUGACCAGGUUCUGGAUAGACACGUGCUUCAUCUUGACGUCGUGCGCAAAGUCCGCUCGCACACCCAUCAGGCCCUUUGGCGUGUGGAACAUCACGUCCUGACAUGCACACACACACACACACACAGAGAGAGAGAGAUCGAGAGAUCAUGGAUUCUCCAUAUGUGUGUCCCGUCGUGCAUUGUGUCUGUGUGUAUUGUGUCUGUGUGUAGGUACCUGUCCGCACACAAGAUAGUGCUCUUUCUCGCCAGGCUGAAACAGGUCCCCCAUGACGGCUCCAGGUGUAGUCGCCCAGUCGAAGAACUCCUGUGUCAGCGCCAGUCCGCCGAAGUACCUCUUGGUGAUGAUAGCGGGGUCCCUUGGCUCCAGGUGCGUGUCCUUGAUGUUGCCCUGCGAGGCGCAGACGGUCUCGGCCGAGGUGCGGUUGGUGUCGGUGUUGCCGCAGGGCGAGUUGAGGACUCGAGCCUUGAAGUAGCUGUUGCUCAGCUUCCACAUGGCCAGGACGGCGUCGACCAGGAAGGUGCCCCGGUACUCGCCGUAGGGCGUCAGAAAGUCGUCAUCCACCACACGCUGGAUGUCGAUCACAUCUCGGGUGGGCCCCUGCAUGAACUUGCCAUCCUGGCCGACGAGUGAUGGCACGUUGACGGGGUUGUUGGUCAAGCCGACAAUCUUGACGUCCAGCAGAGUGACGUCCUUGGUCACUCUGGGGCUCGUGCCGUCGUAGUAGUUCUCCUUGGGCUGGCCGUGCUCAUCCACAGCACCCCCAAGUCGAUGCAGGAGGAUGCCGUACAUGGACCCGCCGUCGGGCAGACCCGACGGGUUGUCGAACCAGUACUUGGCCUCUGCAAACACAGAAAUGCAUAACACACGGAUCGUACUGUGGUCGAUAGAGGCGCUCUGUCACUGCGAUGUCCUGACCAUUGAGCAGCUUUUCGUCUUCAUCGCUGACGGGGGUUCGUUGCCUCUCGAAGAGAUGAAGUCCUGCCCUAAGCCGUGCGAAGACGUCUUGGAUCACCAUUUGUUGGUCAGGCCUGUCUGCGUAUGAGAUGGUGUCCCUCAGCAGGUCGGCGAAUUGCGGCCCCUCACGGCUGAACCCCAUCGGGAUGAGACGAUUCACAUAAUGGUCCACGAAGCGAGCGGCAGAGUAGAACCCUGAUGGAUGGAUGGGUACAACAAAAGAAAACCACUGCAAAAGCGUUUGGGAGGUGUUGGUGGCGCUGUGUUUGUGUACCUCUGACAGGGACUCGUUUGGAGCUGGGUCCAAUCUGUGUGUGCUGGAUGACCACUCGCUUGGCCCCGUUACAUUGGAUGCCCGUGACCUCGAAGUCUCGAACCUCCAAGUUAGAUACCACAAUGUCAUACGCUGACCGAACACAAAGGCACCGGCCAAUACACGCACACGUGUGUGACUCAUUAACCCAUCUGCUCUGGCAUGCCUGUCCCGCCACACCUCCGUUUGAGUGAAUGCCGGCGUGCGACGACAGGCCGAGGAUGCCGUUGGAGAUGAGCGUCUUGGAUGCCACCUUGGGCACCGAGUUGCGUUCCUUCAGUGGCGGUGAGGGCUGGCCGCCCGGCCGGGGAUGCUCGAGCGACGGGUCGUUGUAGAGCUUGUCAUUGACCUCCAGAUUGAGCGACGACACCCCUCCGUUGAGCUCAAACGGCCCGUCGUUGAGCUCAAUGCACGAAAAGAACCUGACAGACGAAAAACAGUGGAUGCAGAGAGCCAGCUGCACGUUGGUUGCUGCUCGCCGGCGCACCGUUGUUUGAGGUAAUGUUCAUCGCUCUGUUUGAUGGUGUGUCCGUUGAGGUCCAGCCACACCCCGCUGGUCUCGAUGGUGAUGGCCGAGAAAAAACCCAGAUAGAACUUGCUGACGGGGUAAUCGGCAUCACCAAACUCGGGCCAGAAGUCCGUGUCCUACCAGGCACACAACAUCAGUGUUACAUCACACAUUCACGUGCCCGCACUGCUCUCUCGAGGUGCCUGCACGGCUGCUCACCGGCCUUGGAUUGAAAGUAAUGUCCUCCCCGAGUCGGUACCUGCCCGGCUCUCGUAUGCGGUAUGUGCCCUUGUCGAAGUCCCGCUGCCUCAGCGUCUUUUUCACGGGCAGCCGCUGAUAUUUCGCCGCCCAGUCAGGCAUCGCAUCAUCAUCGGGGGGGCCCUGCACAGUGAACCAGCCCACAAGUGAGCACGUGAAUCGUCCUCUGGUCAUCCGUCUGAUCUGCCUUGCGCUACCUGGGCUGUGACAGUGGCGAUGAGGGAGGACGAGACGAGCAGAGAGUGCAGGAUAGACUUUGUCCCGCAACACAUCUCCUCUUCAGGCUCAGUGUGUAAGUGAAUUGGCUGCCGCAGGUUAUCGUCCCGGCUGGUUGUUCUGCUUGCCGGCGGUGCGCAGAUCUUAGAACAAGCGAGCCGGUUGACCAAGGCGCACGGGAGCCCGCUCCAGACAGUGCUGCUCGCUGACCCAAGGAGGCGGCAAGGAGAGAUCAGUCCUGGUAUCGACAGACGGCAGCGACAAGCGAAGAUGGGCAACGCGGCCGUUGACAGGGAGCGCCCUUUGACGCGCCAUCCCCCC